GUCUUUCUCAGACCGCCUUCUCUCUCCUAUUUUUGCUCGUUCUAUCUUUGUUCGAACCGUAGUAUCAUGCCCACAUUCAUGCACGUACUACAAAGCACUUGCGGGAAGUAAAGAAAAAAGGAAAGCGCAAAGUAAAAGAACUGAGUUGACGAGCUGGUAAAAUCAUUUCUUAAGUUGAGUGAACGUUGAUUAUAGCGAAUAAGAAAGAAGGAGAAGGAUCUACUGUAUUUUGCAUGAUCGACGAGUGCUAACUGGUCCGUUGAUCAGCGAUUAAAUCGCGAGGUUCAGUGUUGUAUUGUUUUCCCAGCUGGUCUUUCGUUACACGUUAAAAGGCUCCCUGGGCGACACACCACCGCCUCCCGUUUCUCGUCUGAUAAACAUUAACCGUGUUUGUUGUUCACAUCUACAUAUAAACACACGCAUUCUACGACCAGCUUUUUCUCUUUACGACUGACUUGCAGCAGAACAGGAGCAAAAUGUCAGCUGGUCCAUACAACUACUCUUACAUUUUCAAAUACAUCAUUAUAGGAGACAUGGGAGUAGGAAAAUCAUGUUUACUACAUCAAUUUACAGAAAAAAAGUUUAUGGCAGAUUGUCCUCAUACUAUUGGUGUAGAGUUUGGAACUAGAAUAAUUGAGGUAGCGGGACAAAAAAUCAAACUUCAGAUUUGGGAUACUGCAGGACAAGAGCGAUUUAGAGCAGUUACAAGGUCAUAUUAUCGUGGAGCUGCUGGAGCUCUAAUGGUUUAUGAUAUCACUCGACGCUCUACUUACAAUCAUCUUAGUAGUUGGUUAACCGACACUAGAAAUCUCACAAAUCCAAGCACUGUGAUAUUUUUGAUUGGAAAUAAAAGUGAUUUAGAUGGACAGAGAGAUGUUACUUAUGAAGAAGCAAAACAAUUUGCAGAUGAAAAUGGACUCACGUUUGUAGAAGCUAGUGCUAAAACAGGAGAUAAUGUAGAAGAAGCUUUUUUAGAGACUGCAAAGAAAAUUUUCCAAAGUAUACAAGAUGGACGUUUGGAUUUGAAUGCUGCAGAAUCGGGAGUACAGCACAAUCCUAGUCAGCCUGGUCGUACUAAUUUGCAAGGAGUAUUGAAUGUGCAACAAGGUGGCAAAGACUCUUGCUCCUGUUAAACUUUCAAUUGUAUAUAGAGCCAUAUUAUGCAUUAACAUUAAUGAUGCAUAUUACGGUUUAAAACUAAACAAAAAAAAACUUUGUUCUGUCCAGAUGUUUGAUAAAAAGUAUUUACAUAAGGGCAGUGUGAUGAUUCCAAAUAAUUUUUUUCAAUUGGCAAAUACUAAAAAAUACAUACUUCUAUGUAUGUAUAUAUAACUUGUAUUGUUAUCUAACAUAUAUUAACAAAUUGUUCAAAUCAUUACUGCAUAUUCAAAGUGAAUUCAGAGCAAUUUCUUUUAUAAGUAGUAUAAUUUUCAAAUAAUAAUUAAGACUUAUAAUCAACUUUUUAAGUGCUUCUGAACUUUUUCAUUCUUAUCUAAAAUUCAUAAUUUUUUUAGAUCAGUGCAUUUGAUACAAACAGCUUACCAAGAUAAGUUCACCAAAAUGAAAUUAUUUUUUUUUCUUAACUAUUAAUCUUAAUUUUAAUUCCUAUCCAGCGUCGUUAAUUCUCUAAUCAUGUUGUCAAAAAGCUGAUUCAUUCCUCUGUAUACUACAUUUAGAAUAUAAACAGCGGGAAUAAACUGAAGUAUGUUCGUUUGUCUGGUGAAAAAUUAAUUUUUCACAAACAUUACAUUUUGUAAAAAUGGUUGCAAAGUAAAUGCAGUUGCGAAUAUAUGCGAAAAAUCUUGGAUUAUACACAAAAAAUAUAAAGCUCUUGAAUAAAUUGAAAAGUAAUAUAGAAAACAUUUGUAUGAUCGUUAUCAAAUGUAUUUACAAAUAUUUUAAAGCCAUUAUGAAGGCGUGCUUAAUCAUCAUUACUAAAAUUAUAAUGAAAAAUUAUUACACUGUUAAUAUUAUUUGUAGUAUUAAGAAUUAUAAAUUGUGUAUAUAAAUAACUUUCUUCAAAAAAUACAUCAAUAUAUGUUUAAUUCAUAAAUAGGCCUAAAAAUGGAACAUUAUUUUUUCGUUUUUUAAAUGAACAAAUUUUUUUGUUACGUUUUUCAUGUCAAAAUUUUUAUAGAAAUGAAACUUAUUUAUAAUAUCAAUGUAUGUAAAAUGGUAA